AUGUAUUCCUCCUUCUUCGGAGCCAUGGGCAUCGCAUUCGCCAUCAUCUUCACCACCUUCGGAGCCGCCUACGGGACGGCCAAGUCGUCCAUUGCCAUCUUCUCAUGCGGCGUGCUCCGACCCGAACGCUUGAUGCAGAACACUCUCUGCUCCAUCAUGGCCCAGAUCCUCUCCAUAUACGGCCUCGUCUCCGCCGUCAUCAUGUCCAACGGCAUCAGGGAGAAGAUGCCCGCCCACACCGGCUUCCUGCAGCUCGGGGCCGGCAUGGCCGUCGGCUUGUGCGGGUUAGCUGCCGGCUUUGCCAUUGGCAUCAUCGGCGAUGCUGGCGUGCGAGCGAGCAACCAGCAACCGCGACUAUACGUAGGCAUGGUCCUGAUCCUCAUCUUCGCCGAAGUCUUGGGGCUUUACGGUGUCAUUGUGUCCAUCUUGAUGAUCACGAAAUCUACUCUCGACGUCACCGAGUGCAGGUACUGA